AUGGCCGACGAGACUCCGGCCCAGAAGGGACGACGCCGGAGCGUCCGGGUCUCAACACCACAGCUCAGCUGUGAGCUCUGUCGCGCUCGCAAAGUCAAGUGCGACAAGCUGGAGCCAUGCUCAAACUGUGUAUCGUCAGGUUCUAGAUGCGUCCCAGUCCGUCGUUCGCGGCUUCCACGAGGCCGACAUGUGCGGAGACCAGGUCCUGCAACCUCAAAGUCACCCGAGCAGACCGGCGACGAGACUGCGUCAUCCGAGGACAAGAGCCUCGCUGACCGUGUCCAUCGGCUGGAAAGCUUGGUUGAGCACAUGAGUGCGGCAACAUUUUCUGUUGGACAGCAGGGAAGCCAGCAACACAUUCCACAGGGCGUAGACACGCCUUCAAGUCUAGCUUCAGGACCGCCUAUUCCAUCAAGCAUCAGUCCUUCGUGUGCAGAGAUAUCUUCUGUCGCGCAGACACCGGCGCAUCGGGGUGAUGGCUCUUGGACCGGUGUCGCCAUGGAGAUUUCCGCACUCCGACGCGAGGUCAAUGGGUUCGCAGGCGCGACUGUUUCCCAUUCCCAGCAAGCGUACACACCAAGUCGACUUGACGGCGGCAUGCUGCUCCUCGGGCUGAGUAGCUCGGAAGAUGCCCCCGCCUCAGCAUGCAACCCGGAAAUCUCCAGAACUCUGUGCCAGAUCUUUCUGAAACAAGUCGACCCGAUCGUCAAGAUUCUCCAUAAGCCAUCCCUGACUAGGUGGAUGGUGCAUGGGCAGUCUUACUUGAACUACCCCGCCGGUCAUCCAGCGGUUCAAGCCCUCAGUGCUGCAGUAUGCUAUGCUGCAGCAAACAGUUUGACAGAAGGUCAAUGCGAGACCUCGUUCAAGACAGCCCGAUAUCCGCUGGUUGCGCAAUGCAAGAGGCAAUGUGAGGCGGCACUUGCAGCUGCCGGAUUACUAGACACACGAGACCUCACAGUCGUCCAAGCCUUUGUCAUAUACCUGGCAACCCGUCGAGCGGCAGAGCGAAGCCGGCCUGUCUGGACACUCGUGGCAUUGGCUGUACGACUCGCCAGGCCUCUCUGCUUUCCUCCCUGGGCACUGGAUAGUGAAAAGCAAACAAACUUCAACUUCUUUGACGAUCAGAGGCGAAAACGGCUGUGGCAUUACCUCUCGGUCCUUGAUCUACAGGUUUGCUUCGGGCAGAGAUCAGCCCCUCUUACUAGCACCGUCGAAGAUGGCCGCAGCAUGGCUCUGCCUGCAAACAUCGACGACGAUGACUUUGACACAGACACGACAGCGGUCCUGCCUGGUAAAGAAGGCUUGACAGAUACAUCAUACUCCCUGAUGACUUAUUACGCAGUACCAGCGGGCCGCCUAACUGUAUCGACCAUCCAAGCAGAACAAAACCAGUCACCCGACCUUAGUCCAUCUGCGACCACCUCCCUCCCCCAGUCACGACGACGAGACCUCGUAGACACAUGCGAGCGACAAAUGAUGCACCUCGCCCAGUACUGCGACCCGGAAUCCUCGAGCUACGCAUGGUUCACCUACCACAGCCUACACCUCGUCUUGGCAGCAUCCAAGCUCGCCACCCUGCGGCCGAUCCGGCCCCCAACACCACAACUGCCAGACGCCACCGCCUCCGGAGCAGCAGCAACGAAGCCACCGCCGCCGCCCUGGGACUGCAUUACAGUCGACGGCGUGGAGCUCCUGCGCCUGACCCUCACCGUCCUCGACAAGGCGCGCCUCAUGCACACGGACCCGCGCGGCGAGGGCUUCCGCUGGUGCGUCAACAUCCCCUGGCACGCGCUGGCCAUCGCCUUCGCCGAGUGCUACGCCUGCACCGACGCGGCGCUCGUGCGGCGCGCCUGGCCGCUCGUUGAGGCCGCGUACGAGCAGCACAAGUCGUUCAUGCUGCGCUCCGGGACGGCGGCGACGGCCCUGCACGCGCCGCUCGAGAGCCUGCUGCGGCGGACGCGGCGGCGGGUGGCGUCGCUGCUGCAGGACGGCGAGAUGGGAGGGGGGGUUGGCGGGAGCGGGAGCGGGAGCUUGCUGCCAUCCACGGCCGGGGCCGUCUCGAGCACCCAGCCGAUGAUGGGAUUGUCGUCGGGGACGCCGUCGGCGGGAGGAGGCGUUGCUGCGAGUAGCCUCGGGACUACCUCCUCCGAGGUCGGAGGGACGCCCGCUGUUUCUCUCGCGGCACCGCUGACGCUGCAGUCCCAAUUUUGGGAUGCUGGCCAGCAGUCCUUAGUUGGAGAUACGCCCUUUUCAACAGGUGAUCAAGUGGCCACAGGACAGAUGCAGGUAGAUACCGCGGAGGAUCUGUCGUGGAAAACGUGGGAGGAGUUCAUCUCGGGCAUAUCGUUUGACGAGGUUGGAAUCCCGGAAUCGUUCCUCUAUGAUGUAUGA